AAGCAAAAAAAAUGUGUAUAUUCAUCGAUUGCCUACUCAGUCCGUUCAUAAUAUGGCCAACAGCCAUCGCGUUUGCAGGUUACAUUAUCAGACAGUACAUGCAGGGUGGCCAAUUCACAAAGGAAACUGAUGAGACGGGUAAAGUUGUAAUUAUAACCGGCGCUAAUGCAGGCAUUGGCAAGGAGACUGCCUUGGAGCUGGCCCGCCGGGGUGCUACGGUGUACAUGGCCUGCCGGGAUAAGCAGCGCGCAGAGGAGGCGCGUAAACAAAUCAUCAGGGAGACGAAUAACCAAAACGUAUUCUUCCUUCAACUCGACCUAAGCUCGCUCGCAUCAGUGCGCAAAUUCGUGGCAGACUUCAAGGCCGAGCAGAAUCAACUGCAUAUUCUGAUCAACAAUGCGGGCGUCUACUCUGUAACGCGUCGUCUCACACAGGAUGGCUUCGAGCUGCAGCUGGGCGUCAAUCAUAUGGGUCACUUUCUGCUGACAAUUCUAUUGCUAGAUUUGUUGAGGAAAUCAGCGCCAAGUCGCAUAGUGAAUGUUUCCAGCUUAGCACACACCGUAGGCAAAAUACACGUGGACGACUUGAAUCUCGAGAAAUCCUAUGACGAUCGCGAAUCGUACAAUCAAAGUAAAUUGGCGAACGUCAUGUUUACUCGAGAGUUGGCCAAGCGCUUGGCCGGCACAGGCGUGACCGUCAAUGCCUUGCAUCCGGGCGUAGUGGAUACGGACAUAUUGACUAACUAUAACAUUGGAAAAGACAGCGUCUUAAGUUUUAAGACGAUCAAACCGCUGUUUUGGCUAUUCCUGAAGACUCCCAAGAAUGGAGCUCAAACCACAAUCUAUGCAGCUAUAGAUCCCGACUUGGAUGACGUCACUGGGCAAUACUUCAGUGACUGCAAGCCAAAGAAUGUGGCGAAAGUAGCCCUAGACGAGAAAGUCGCACAGUUCUUGUGGCAGGAGAGUGAAAAGUGGACAGGUGCGCCAAAGGUGAUUUGAAUUAGAGCGUAGGCGUUUAUUUAAUAUACUACGAGUGGAUGCAGGAGAUGCCUGGGUUAACACAGUUUUUCCAUUAAAUUAGUUGCAUAAAUACAUUUCAAUAUAAUAUGUUGUUAGCAUGA